GCCCAGCGCAGUCCAAUUAGAGCUCUGAAAGAGCUUUCCCUUCCAGUCUACGAACCCAGAGGUCGAUCCCUCCGCCUCUUUUCUUCUGAAGUGACAACAUACAGUCAGGAAGUGCUUUCGCUUCUCUGCUUUCCUCUCAUUCUCUUCUGUACAAAGUGGCGGUGUAUCCGCCUCGCAUGCUACAGCCUUGAGCUCCUUCGCUCUCUGGAGCAUCGACUGCCCUUCUUGACUUCUUGUAACACGGUCGCCAGACCAACUUCCGAUAUGGCCUCUUUGCGGCUUCGACGGACGCCAGCCUUGGGCUCAGCGCUUGCACUGCCAAAAUGUGGUCCGUCUCUACGUACCCGCACCUUCAGUGCUCUCAGGUCGAAGUCUGCGCCUCGGCAACUCAGCAUUUCGAGCUUGCGGCCGUCCAUCGUGCCUACAUACGCCUCCCUCUCGAGGUAUCAGCAAUUCAGUACCUCCCCCUCUCGCUACGAAACGGUUGUCAAAGUGCCCCAGAUGGCGGAGUCCAUUUCUGAAGGUACCCUCAGCAGUUUCUCAAAACAAGUGGGUGAUUACGUCGAGCAAGACGAGGAGAUUGCGUCUAUCGAGACAGACAAGAUUGACGUCUCUGUCAAUGCUCCGGAGGCUGGCACGAUAAAGGAAUUCCUGGUCAACGAGGGAGACACUGUGACUGUCGGACAGGAAAUUGCAAAGCUUGAACCUGGUGCAGGCGGUGGAGGCGCUAAAGAAGCAAAGGAAGAACCUAAGGAACCUGCCUCAAAAGAGCAACCCACAAGCUCAGACUCUGAGCCGAAGAAGGAGGAGCCGAAGAAGGAAGAAGCUCCUCCAUCUCCCCCCAAGAAGGAGGAAAAGCCUGCUCCGCCCAAGGAAGAGAAGAAGCCUCCUCCGCCACCCAAAGAGGAGAAAAAAUCGGACGAUUCAAAAGCUGGGAUCGAGUCGCCAUUCGGCAAGGGCACGAGAAACGAAAACAGAGUCAAAAUGAACCGCAUGCGUCUGAGAAUCGCGGAGCGUCUCAAGCAGUCCCAAAACACCGCCGCAUCAUUAACCACGUUUAAUGAGGUGGACAUGUCCAACAUCAUGGAAUUCCGGAAGAAGUACAAGGAUGAGAUCCUGAAGAACACUGGCGUCAAACUUGGCUUCAUGAGCGCCUUUGCCAAGGCUAGCAUUCUGGCCAUGAGAGAAGUUCCCACUGUCAACGCAUCUAUUGAGGGUCCAGGAGGUGGCGACACCAUCGUGUACAGAGACUUUGUGGACAUCAGCGUUGCGGUGGCUACACCCAAAGGCUUGGUGACGCCUGUGGUUCGAAAUGCUGAGAGUAUGGAGAUGGUUGAGAUUGAGAAAGCCAUUGCGGAUUUAGGCAAGAAGGCUCGCGACGGAAAGCUCACCAUCGAAGACAUGGCUGGAGGUACCUACACCAUCAGCAACGGCGGCGUCUUCGGGUCGAUGAUGGGAACGCCAAUUAUCAAUCUGCCUCAGACCGCGGUGCUCGGGCUGCAUGCCAUCAAGGAGCGAGCGGUGGUCGUUAACGGCAAAAUAGAGAUCAGACCGAUGAUGUAUCUUGCACUCACUUACGACCAUCGUUUGUUGGAUGGAAGAGAGGCGGUCACAUUCUUGGUGAAGAUCAAGGAAUACAUAGAAGAUCCGCGGAAGAUGCUUCUGGCAUAAUCUCUUUGUUGAUGUGAGUUUCGCCAUGGGUUGGCAGCCUGCGCGGAAAUGGAUUGUACAAAAUCAGAAAAUACAGGGGCACCCUUUUGUUUGCCAAAUGCAUUUGAGCAGGGACGACGAACACCUAGCAGGCAUUCAGCGCGUCUGUCCUGGAUGCGCAGUCGAAUUUAUGAAUAACAAACCCCGAUGUCUUUGUUCCGUCCCUCUCUGUGAGGCAUUCUCGCUCUUAACGCCCGAGGCGAGACCAGCUUGUAUAUAGGCUCAGGGUCAUGCCGGAGAUGUUCUUGCCUCAAAUCGAUUUGUAUCUGUCCGCGUCCCCCUUGACCAAAACCUGUACCGAGGAUCACGGUUCAGCUUCCUCGUCUCCCCUAUCAUCCUCGACCAAGGUCAACUUCCUUGAAGACAAGCUUGGUUGACUAUCUUGCCAUGCACGUGUAUUCCCCUUGCUUUCGAGGUGAUCUUUGGCCAAUUGGGAAGACUCGGAUCUCUGGAACUAGCUGGGCGGGUUCACGUCUCUGGCUCUUUCUCAUGCUGGAGCAUUCAUGGGGAAGUCAGCCGCAAAGACGAAGGCCCUCGAGUGCAAUGGAACUGGUUUUUUUUUUGGC